AUGGCAUCAUCGGCAAAGGUUGGGUGGCAAAAAGAGCGGGAAGCCAAGCAAAAGCAGAAAGAAUGGGAGUCUCAACAAAAUGCCGAGCACAAAGACUGGCAACAGAAACGUGCCGACAUGAUGAAGAAGAAGGAAGCCGCCGAGACCAAAGCCAAAGAAGCCGAAGCAAGUGCUCCUGAAUUCCUCAAGAAAUUGGGAAAUAUGAAGGAAAAGGCGCAAAACAAGCCUCCACCCAAAAAGGAAGACGAAGGGCCGACGAUUGAAGAACUGGAUGAUGGCACCGACAUUCCACCGUGGCAUCGACCCAAUGCCCCCGAAAAACCAGAAUGGGUCGUACUGCUCUUGCUCGCCGCCGAAAAGGAAGCACAAGAAGAAGAGGAGAAGACGAACGACGAUGUCCCCUUUUGUGCGUCCUGGAGCCGACCCUCGUUACGGCACAAUUUGCCCCGAGUCUUUCUGGCAGUGGAUCUUCAGACGAACCCGCCUGGAUGA